AUGAAUAGGGUCUCCAGAAGCAUUUCAGAUUUGAGUGAUAAUUUGCGGUGCAGAAACAAUUGUUAUGCCUUAGAUCACAAUCAAAGGCCACACAGAGCAAGCCACCCUGCUUCUCAAGCAAUGAAGAAGCUUUGUGCAGAGCGUGGUGGUCAGCUUAGGCUCGGCCACUUCCGGCUCUUGCGCCUCCUAGGCCGAGGUGAUAUCGGAAAAGUGUUCCUGUGUGAGAUCAGCAAGUCCUUGAAGCCGCAGCCCAAUUGUUUGUAUGCCAUGAAAGUAGUGGACAGAAAGUCUCUGGCUCUGAAGAAGAAGCUGAAAAGAGCAGAGAUGGAGGAACAAGUACUGAGUGUUGUUGACCACCCUUUUCUGCCAACACUUCAUGCAAAAUUUGAAGCUCAUCAAUACACAUGUUUUGUCAUGGAUUACUGCCCAGGUGGCGACUUGUUCACGCUUCAGCAGAACCAGCCAGAUCUUCACUUUAAUGUCUCCACAGCAAGAUUCUUUGCGGCUGAGGUGCUUGUUGCUCUUGAAUAUCUGCAUAUGAUGGGGAUAGUGUAUAGAGACCUGAAGCCAGAAAAUGUGCUUAUUCAAGAAGAUGGACACAUCAUGCUCACUGAUUUUGAUCUCUCUCUUCACUUGGAAGUUCACCCCACUCUUCUUAAACAAGUUUCCAACAAUAGGAUCAUGAAGAAGAAUAAGCCAAUGCUGUGUUGCAGCGAUUCAUAUGGUUAUGAGCAUAUAGGUUCUAGAAGCACUAGGAAGAAAGCAAGCAUUAUUGGUGGUGAUAGCCAUGCACAACAGAUUGAGAUUUCAGCUGAGCCUAACAACGGAAGAUCACAUUCUUUUGUUGGAACUCAUGAGUAUUUGGCACCAGAGGUUAUCUUGGGAUUAGGCCAUGGAAGUGCUGUGGAUUGGUGGGCAUUUGGUGUGUUCCUCUAUGAGCUCUUAUAUGGAGAUACACCUUUCAAAGAUGCAACAAGCCAUGACAAAACAAUGAACAAUAUUCUCAGGAAACGGUUGAGUUUCCCAAGAUCAGGAACAAUAACACAUUCUGGGGAGGAUAUUGCCAAGGCAGAGGAUCUUAUUGGGAAGCUUCUUAUCAAGAAUCCAAAGAAGAGAAUGGGAUACAACAGUGGAUCUUGUGAGAUUAAGAGACAUGAGUUCUUUCAGGGGAUUAACUGGGCCUUAAUCAGAUCAGUUAAACCACCUCUUGUUUUCAAGAACAAGUCUGCAGGUCAACAACCUCAUCAAAUACCUUUCUUCUGA